AUGCAUCGUCAAAAUAUGAUGGGAUUGCAUCCAAUGCGUGAUGAAUCUAUUUCACACGUUCCCGCUAAUGCUAUACAAAAUCAAAAUAAGCAAAUAACUGUAAUUAAGGAAUUUAUAGAUGGUUACUGUAAUGUUUCUUUAGAUUAUGAUCAUACAUUUAUUAAAAAAUUUGAAGAAGUUAUUAGCAUAAUAGAUCAUUUACAAUAUCAGGGAAAUUUACAAAAUGAUCCAAUUAUUGGUGAAUAUAUUAGAUUUAUACUAAAAAAAUUAGAAUGUACUGAUGUUCGGCAUAAAUUUGAUAAUCCAGUAAACAAAUUGUAUGAUAUUUGUUUGAAAGCUCUUGCAAGACUUCAAAUUUCUGAUAGACUUAUUGCUAAUUGGCAAGGAAUUGAAUGUGCAUUGGUAUUUAUAAUUUUAAAAAAUAACGAACAUAUGGCAGUUCAAGCUAUUUCAAUUGUUAAAGAUAUCCUAAAAAGUCCAAAAGUUAAACCAACUAAUUAUAUGCAUAGUCUUGUAUGUGAUUUUACACUAAUCUAUCAAAAUAUCACAAAUGAUUUGUUGACUAAACAAAUUAAAACUGAUUUUGAAAAUGCUCAUUUAAGGUUAUCGCGAAAAGAAAUAUUUUUUAAUGAUAGUGAUGAACAAGUACUUAAAGAACUUAUUAGUAAUUUAUAUCUUGAAAAAGAUGUUGCUUUUGACAAAGAUAAAGUGCGUUAUAGAAAUAAUGAUCAACGAGGAGGUGGAGGAGGUAAUAAUAAAAAAGUUGUUAUGAAAUUAUAUCCACUUGCUGAGAAAAGCAUUAAAGUAUUGGCAGAACUUCCAUCAUUAUUACUUAUUUAUUUUACAACAGAAUCAUCUCAAAACAGAGAACCAUCUACAAGUUUUAUAAAUCUUUGUGAUUCAAUAUUAUCAUUUUGUACUGUUUAUUUAUCAAAAGAAAUUAAAGAUAAAUUUGAUGAUGUAACUAUAAAUGCAAUUUUUUCUGCACAAAUUAGGUGUCUUUGUUUUUUGGGCAGAGUUGCUGAACAAACUUUUAAGAAUUAUACAAAUAAACCUGAUCUUGGUAGAAGGUUUUUAUAUUCUUUUAGAAAUCUUUUUGAUAAUUCACUCUUUGAAGUUUUACCAGAUAGAAUUGAUAUAAUACAGAAUAUGAAAGUAUUUUUUGCUAGUAAAACUUUUGUAGAAACAAUGAUGAAGUUACUUCCAGAAUUAUUUUAUGAAAGUCAUAUAGUUGGAUGUCGUUAUACAGAACGUGAAAGUUUAUAUAAUAAUGGAAUUCGUAUGCAAUUAGAUAUCCUUACAAAUAUUAGGCAUCUUUUUAAUUAUGAAUUAUUUAAUAUGGCAUGUUGUCAUGUAAUCAAACAAAUUCAUGAUGUUAGAUGCUUCAACACAAAUUCAAAUGGAUAUAUUACAUUCAUUGAAAAACUAGUUCAAACUGGAUUAUCAAUUGAAGAAAAAGAAAAAAAACCCGUUAGAAAACAUUUCUUUGAAUUACUGGAAUGUUUAGUUCAUAAGUUAGGAUACAUACAAGAUUUCAUUAUUCCAUUUGCCAAAACUGAACUUACAAAACUUAAACAUCAAGGGAAUGGCGAGUACCAACCAGUUAACCUUCAACAUAGUAGUAACAGUUAUCUUAAGUUAGAUGAAGAAGAACUGAAACCAACAACAGAUCCUGAAAAUCAUGCUAAAAUAGAAGAGAUUUCUAUAGAUUGUCUUCAUCAAAAAUAUUUUAAUUAUCAAAUAAUUGAUAUAAGAAUUUUUGUUAGAAGUAUUGUUGAUAGUAGUUAUACUUUAAUGAAAGCACUUUUUGAAACAGCGCAAAUAACGGAAUCUGAAGGUAUUACAAAUGAACAUGAAAUAAUAGAAGAACUGUUUAUUCGUGUAUUAAAUUGUUUGGAGUAUAUUAGACUAGCAAAACAAUACAUUUUGGCUAUUCAAAAAAUUUAUACUGAACAGAUGCAAGAUGAGGAUACUGCAACUGUCGAGAAGUUUGUUUCUAUUUUUACAAUGAACAUUGGAAGUGGUUUUAUUGAGUAUCUUUUACAAAGAAAUUUUAAUUCAAUUCUUUCUAAUAUGAUGCAUGAAAGAAACAUUGGACAUUUAAUUCUAAAAUUUAUUGAUCAUGAAAAAACUUUUUUUAUUGUUACUGGUCAUAUUGUUAAAUAUUUACAUCAAAAUAUUUUGAAUCUCGCAACAAGAAGUAGAGAUCUGGUAAGCCUUGUUAUACUACAAGGUUUUGAAAAGUUGUUCCGACCAUCAUCAAAAGUUUAUCAAAGUAUUAAUCCUGAAACAAGACGUGCAAAGUAUGAAGAGAUAUUAUCUGCCCACCUCUUGCCAAUUGUUAAGUUUGCUAUUGAAAAUAUUUUUUCUGUUGGAGAUAAUAAUUUUUAUCUUUCAAUCUUGAAAAGUGUUUCUAGACAAACAUCUGACUCUAUUUUAUCAGAUGUUGUUGGUCCACUUUUAAAAGAUUAUUUCCAUACUGUUUAUUUAGUUCUUCUAAAACUUUAUAAUGCAGAAAAGUUACCAGCAGGAAGGGAAGCAGUCGCUGAAACUUUAUCAACAUUUAGUUGUAAUUAUACAAAUAAUGCUAAAUGUUACAAUCUUUGGCUUAUUGCUAUGAAAGCUGGUUGGAAACAAAGAAAUACUUCUAUUAUCUCAAAUCCAUCUCAUAGUCCAACUGUUGAUUUCAGUGCUUUUAAGACGUCAUACCUGUUUAACUUUGAUUUCCAAGAUGGAAUUAGUUUUAUUGAGGUUAUGCACGAUUUAAUGUCUCCAACACUUGCUCCUAAUGAUAAUAUAAAACAUGCUUUGUUUGCUAUUAGAGAAGUCACAAAACUCGGGAUUAUGCUAUUAAAUAGUUAUUGGGAUGAUUAUUCAUUUUCAACUAGCCUCAAUGGUACUUGUGAGGAUGUUUAUCUUAACAUUGAAUGCCAACGUAAUACAGAAACAUUGAAAAAAACUCUUGAAGCGGCGGAGAGUAUGGGUCUUCUUUCAAAUUCUGAUAAACUUAUAAACAGUAUUCGAAACAAUGAACCGGUGGUAUGCCAAAUUUCUUUUCAAUCAAUUGUAAAUGUUUGUAGUAAACUGAUAAAAUCUUAUUUAGCAUAUAAUAAAUCUGAUGAUAAGCAAUCAAAAGCCCCUCACAUUUUAUUUGAAAAAAGUCUUCCGUAUGCACUAGUUUUAUGUAGAAAACUUGUUACAGUAGCAAUUCAAUUAAAAGAAAAUAGUUUACCUGAUAUCAAAACAUUUUCAAAAUUGUCUCGUAAUGCUUUUGAAAGAAUUAAAGAAAAACUUGAUAAAAAUGAUAUAAGAGAGAUAAAAAAGACAAUGGAUGCUAAAGUUAGAUUUACUUUUAGAAAUGCAAUUUUUGUCAUUCUCAGUGCAUCUAUAGAUAGAGAUAGAAGAAAAGAAGAUUAUAAAUUAAUGUUUGUAAUUUUAAAACAUUUAGUUUAUAUGGCAUUAAUGGAACAGUUAGAUGAUGAAUGUGAAGAAACUAAUUAUCUAGAUUCAUCGUUACUAGCUGAAGGUAUAGCUUUAUUAACCCUGGAUAAUACACAUUCACUGAAUACAAUAACUUGUGGUAUCUUUGAUAAAGCUGUAUCAUUUGUUGAUACUUUACUAGAUGCUCCAAAAGGUUUUGGAUAUAAAUUACCAUUAUUUACUUACACUUUGUCAUAUGCAUUUGAAUGUAUAAGAGAUGGCAGUACAAAGACAAGUAGAGGAUGUUUAGAAUUAUAUAAUAAUGUUGUAAAAACUGGUCCAACAUGGUAUUUGAUGGAUAAACAUAAAGAAUUACUUAAUUUUUAUUCAUAUGUACUUCAUCAUAUUGAUUAUGAUAAAAUUAAAGAAAUUAAAAUUGGUUGUGAAUCUGGAAUUUUUGAAAUUUAUGAUAGAAUUUUUACUAAAAAUCUCAAUGAUCCAACUAGUCAAUUUGUUUGUAGAAAUCUAAUAGAUAUUUCUUUAGAUUGGUGUUAUUCUCCUAUUGAAAAAGUUCAACAAUUAGGUUUUAGUAUAUUUAGAAAUGUAUAUGAUAAUAAGUUAUUUGACACAGAACAACUAUUAAAAAUAUGUUCAAAAAAAUUUACCAAUAUUUUACAGGAAAUGAAUAUAAGUUCUGCUUGUAGUUCUGUACAAACUCAGGUAACUCGUUAUAGAGCAUUAUGUGGUAUGUUACGUUUCAAUAAUAUUUGGGAAAAAAUUGGUGGAUUUAAUUGUACUGAUGUAUCUAUGGCUUUCAAUAAUAUUCGACUUUCUUUUGCAAUUGAAUUAGAAGAUUUACAAUUAGCUUUUCAAAGACAUGCUACAACAGCUGAAUUUCCUGAAAUUGAUGAAUGUCAUUUGUCGUAUGCUAUAGUUUUAAGGACAGCGCAAAUACAGUUUCUUACAGUAAUUCUUGAAUUAGUUAUUAUUGAUGAAUUUAAAAAAGGACCAAAAAAUAAGGAUACAAUAAAUUCUCAAACCAGAGAAUUAAUAUCAUUCAUACAUGAUUCUAUAUUUAAAUUUGAUCCUAUUUCUCGUGAAAUAUUAAAAAAAGAAUUAAGAAAAGUUAAAAAAGUUUUCCAGGAUAAAAAUAUUUAUAUUGAUGAGAUUGUUGAUCGAAAACAAAUAAUAAAUAGUGUACAGGAUAAAUUUUCUAAAAUGAAUUUGUUAUUUGAACCACAUUUGGAUCUUUAUAUUGCUUUAACUUCUCUAUACAGAUCAGAAACAAUUAUUAAAGAUGUAAAACCAAUAUUCUUUGAUAUUUUACAAAAAAUAACAUCUAUUCCUGGAAAUCUUACUAUGAAUAAUCUACAGUCAAUAAAAAAAGUUUUAUUCAUUAUAUGUGAUAGGGAUAUUAAAUCACCAUGUUUUGUUCCUGUAAUACUAAGUUUAAUAGCAAAAUUAUCUGCAACUUUUUAUUUAGAUGAUAAACAUCUAUUUGAAAAAGAUAUUUUUCCUUUAAUUAAUGAUCAUCCUGAACAAUUUUUUUCUUUCUUUUUUGUAAAAGAAAAGGUAUUUGAUAGAACAUAUUAUCAAUUAUGUAAAAAAUUUAUUUAUUCUGAUCAAACAAGACCAUUGAAAGAUUAUUUACAAAUGAAUCCUUAUAUAUUUGAAAAAUUAUUAGAUUGUCAAUUACUUGGUCAAGAUGGUAUAACAUGGGAACCAAUAACAUUUGACAAUCAAUAUACAAGAGCUGAAUAUGAUUUAUUUGUUUUUGGGAUACUUUUAAAUGCUUUUAUUAAAUUAAAAUCAUGGUUUGCUACACAAAAAGAAUUAAUGCAUAAAAUUUGUAAUUAUUUUGGUAGUUCUCAAUUUUCGGCAGAAUAUAGUAUGAGAAGAAAUAUAUCAUCUGUUAGUCAGAAGUCUCAUCAAUUUAAGUCUAUUGAAUUACCUGUAUAUAGAGUUCCUGAGUAUGCUGCAAAAAUUAUGCUUCUUUACUAUACACAUAAUUUGUAUGAUUUUAAACUACUUAUUAAAUUAUGUGGAGCUCUUGAUUGUGGAUAUCUUACAAAUUGGACAUUUGUUAUUUUAUUUUUUAGGGAAGAAAUUUAUCCUAAAAUGACUGUUGAAUGGAGGAGAGCAGCAAUUAAUUAUUUUGUUGAACAGUAUGAAAAUUUAAUUAUUAAUCCAACAGAUUGGAAUGCAGUUGGAAUUUUUAUGUUAUAUGUUGUUGCACCAUCUGUUAUAUGGCAUAUCUCUAGAUUUGAUCCUAAAGAAUUAAUUCUUGGUGUUCCUAAUUCUAAUGAAAAUGUUAUUGCAAAUGUUAUUCAAAGAUGUUUUACAGAUAAAGUUGAUCAACAUAUAAUAAGACCAUAUACUGAGUUAUCAUUUAUUGGAAUAUUUAUUAUUCUUAGAGUAGCUUUAAAAGCUAAUCAUGAAUUGAUUCAUCCAGCAAAUUGUACAACCAAAAAAGAAGUUAGUCAAUUUAUGUAUGCAUGUACAAAUGCUUGUUAUAAAAUUAUUAAAAAUAACACCAGAUUUGAUGAAACUGUUAAAGGACAAUCUUUGUAUUUUCUUGCACAUAUGGUUAAACAUUAUUCACUUCAUUCGGUAUUAAUAAAACCACUAUUUAGGCAGAUGCUUCAGACUGCUCAUGAUGAGGCAAAUCCUGUUGCACUAGAAUCAAUGAAAUUAAUAAUAGCUAAUUUAAUGCCAAAAAAAAAUCCUAAUAUUGAGAUUGUGGCUUCAACACUAGAAAUGCUCUUAGCCAGCCUUCCAUCAGACAUUAUUCAAACAAAACAUUUUACUUUUGGAUUAAGAGUUAUAUCUGAAAAUUAUGAAAAUUUUUAUCUUUAUAGAAGUACAAUAUUUAAACAUAUAAUGUUAUCUAUCUUAAAGGGUAAUUUAUUUGCUAAAUCACCUGAAGUUAAGAAAGAAUUUUGUGAUUUUAUGGAAGUUGUUGGGAAAUGGGAAGAUAUGAGACAUACAAUUGCCACCUCAGAUGGUAUUUUACCAGAUAGAUUUGAUUAUGAUAUACCACGUGGACCAAAAGUAGAUGAAAAUAUUAAUCACUUUUUAUUAAAUAUUGCUCUUAAUCAAAUUGUUAGAUUUCCUAUACAUGCAGCUACUGUUAACUCAUCAACACCAAUACAUGAAAUUAUUACCAAAAAAUGUUAUGCAUUAUUUAAAGUACUUUUUCAACCACAAUAUUUUGGAAAAUUGUUUAAAUUGACUAAUGAAAUUUUUGAUCCAAUAAAAAAAUCACUUGCAACAAUUAGAAAUCCUGCCUCUACUACAGAAAGUAAAAAUAGUGGUAUGACAUUAUUAUCAACAUGUUUUGAAGUUAUAAUACAAGUUAUUAAAACUAUUCCAAGAAAUAAAGUUUUAGACUUAUUGAAACAAUUACAACCAUAUAUAAUUGAAAGUUUUAAGAUAUCACAUCCUCAUUGUGCUACAACCUCCUAUUCCUUACUUCAUGCUAUUUGUACUUUGACAAAAUUUCAGACAGAUGGGAUAGUUGAGUUACCAGAAUUAAAUAAUUACUUAAAAGAUAGAAUGUUAAGAAUUUCAGACACUAGUAAUAAAGGUUCACAAAGAGCUGAUAUUAAAGUUACAAUUGGAUUUUUAAAAAUUUUAAUGGAAAUUAAUGAUAAAUAUAUAGAAACAGUUUGUCAAAAACCAAUUAUAGACAUUUUUUCAAGUUUUCUUAAACAGCUUCGAAUUUUAAAACAAACUCAUGAACCAUCAAAAGUUAUAAAUAUAGAGAAAUCAUAUAUGGAGAUGUUAGAAGUUUUUCUAGAAAUAUGUUCUAAUAGAUUUCCUUACUGGGGUCAAGCUGAAAAGAAUGAUGUUCUUAGUCAAGUUUUUCAUCCUUUAUCUGAAUAUUUAUUAAAAUAUCCCAAAUUACUUGUAUUGUAUACAAAAAUUGCUAAAUCAUUUUUACAAACACAAGGUAAUGAAACACUUGGUGUUAAGAUGAUAUCUAAUAUAAGAAUAAAAAUAGAAUAUAAAAUAUUAAAAUCUGAAGCAUUAAGAAAUUAUAUGGAAUGUAUAAAUUUAAUUUUUAAUAAUGAAGCAAUAAUUAAUAGUGAAGGAUCAAGGCAAAUUAGAGAAUUAAUAUUUCUAGCUGCACAAUAUGAAGAUAUUGUUGUUUCAAAAAAUAAUAGUUCUCAAUAUAUAUAUGCACGAAUGCAACCAGACUUAAUAUCAAAAUUUAUUCAUUUCUUUGAUCAUUCAUGUUAUCAUUUUACACAAAAUUUUCAAAAAGUUCUUAAAUCCUUUAUACAAUUAUUUAUGUAUCAGGGAUCAAUUAAUUUGGAAGAAGUAAUUGAAAAAAUUAAAAAUAAUUAUGAAGAAAGUGUUUAUAAUCAUACUGUUUUACCUAAUGGAAGUUUUUCUAACAUACCAUCAUAUUAUAAUUUAUUGACAAAAACAUGUUUUGCUAUUCAGGAUGAUGAAUCUAUGAAAAUGGAAGUUACUGAUUCAUUUAGUAAUUGUAAUAUUUUUGAUUUACAGGAAGAUACAAGUACACCAUCAUCUGAAACACAAGGUAAUAAUAUGACAAUUGAUGAUUAUCUUACAAAUCUUUAUAACUUUUAUUCAUGUUUAAAAGGUAAUAACAUACAAAAAGAAACAUUAUCAAUUAUUGUAUUAUCUGGUAUGAAUAUUGAAUGUACAACAUCAAUGUUUAGAGAUAUCUUUGUUUCUGCCUGGAAAUCAUUAUCAAAUGUUGAACAUAUCCUUCUUGAAGCUUAUAUAGAUAGAUAUUUAAAAAAUUUUAAUCAAAUGGCUUCAUCACUUUCACAAAUUCAUACUCAAAUUAAAUUUGUUUUACAAGUAUUACUUGAAUGUGAUCCACUACCAAAGAUUAGUCCUGAUACAUUAAGAUAUGUAAUGGAAUAUGCUAAUAAUCAUCAUGUUGUUUUAACAUAUCUUGAAAGAUUACAUGGUUGCGCAACUGAUAUGCCAGUGACCUUUAAUAAACAACCAAUUUUGUUUCAAUUAGAGUCAAAUCAAUUAUACAAUUUAGAGUUACUUGAUGCUUUAAGUGAUGUUUACAAUGUAUUAGGUGAUAAAGAUCAAGUAUUUGCUAUUUGGAGUAAAAGAGGAUAUCAUAAUGAAACAUCAAGGGCACUUUUAUCAUAUGCACAUGGAGAUUAUGAAAAUUGUAUUAAAUUUACAGAAAAAAUUUUAGAAAAUUAUUCUCAAGGCAAAAACUUUCCGUUUGUUACUCACCUAACACCAGAAAUGUCGAUUGAAGUUAAUCAACAAAAAACUGUUUGGCUUGAAUCAUUAAAAGAACUAGGACAAUGGGAAAAAAUUCAGGAUUAUGCAUCUAAUGAAGCUGUCCAAGAUGUAUUUACUCUUUGUGAAUCUUGUUUCCAUUUAAAAAAUAUUGAGGCAGUCAAAGAUUUGUUAGGUCAAAUGGCAAUCAAUGUACCAUUUAAUAAAAUUGCUUCAACUGCAUUAUUUGAUAGUAUUAUAAGUGUCCUGGAAGCUUUCAAAUCUAUUAGUCCUGUUGAAGAAGAUUUUAAAUCAAAUUCAGAGAUUAUAAGAACAACCAAAUCUAAAGUUGCAUUUAGUCAUACAACAUUCAUAAGUGCAUAUAGACGUCUUCCUCAAGAGUUAACUGAUAUUCAUUUAGAUAUGCUUGAAAAAACAACAAUAUAUACAGAUAUUUCAGAAAUUGUGGAAUGGUUAGGAUUUGUUGCUCAGACUACUCGUAAUAAUCAACAUGUUAUUAAUGAUUUUAGAAUAAGAAUGAAUAGAUGGUGUAAUAAAGUUAUGUCUGUCCCAAAAGUAUGUAAAAUUAAAAAUUAUGAUUUAUUUGCAUGUUGGAGAAGACUUAUGUUAGCUCAAAUUAAUAAUACAAUAAAAGAUAAAGUAGAACAACAUUAUUAUGAUGCAUCAUUCCAUAAGGAUAUAACAAAAUAUGUUGUCACAAUUUUUAAUCAUACAACUAGAUCAUUUGCAAACUUGUUAAGAGAUCACCAACAAUUUGAUAGAGCAAUAGAUGAAUUGUUGACAUUAUUUUCAACACCUGAAACUGAUGGUAAUAUUGGAUUACAAACAUCUGUUUAUUUAGCAUGUAUGUUAAAUAAAAAAGCAAAAUAUUAUAAAACUUCUCCUGAAGAACGUGAAAAAACUCUUAAUAGUGUUAUUAUUCAUACAUAUGAUUGUGUUGAAAAUACAGUAUCAUUUAAUAAUUUAGAUAUUUUGUCAAGACUACUAGUUGAACGGGCUAAAGCUUUUUCAUUACAAGGUAAAUACCACCAUGCUGAAGAGUCAUUUAUUCUUGCAUUACAAUCAGCCAAUAAUAAUAGUCAUUUGGCAAAUGUAUGGUUAAAAAUGACAAGAUUUUUCCAAACACAACUAGAAAUUACUACUAAACCAAGUUUAGAGUUAUGUGAAUCAGCAAUUGUUGCAUUCAUGAGAUCUUUAUCAAGUAAAAAUCUAUGGAAAAAUCGAAAAAAUUUAAUUGAUCUUUUAUGGUUAUUAAAAAUGAUGAGUGUAUUAGGAGGAGAGUAUAAUAUAAAGGCUGAAGAAAUUAUUGCAAAGAUGCUUCCAACAGUAACUAUUUGUACUUUUGGUUUUGUAAUUAAUGAUCUUGUAUUUGAACUCAAGGAAAGACCUUCAAAUGCUAUAAAAUUAAUUUUACUCAAUUAUGCUAGAAAAUUUCCUCAAAGAAUAUAUUAUGCUUUAAGAUCUCAUAUAUCUGAAGACGAUAUUAGGCAUCUUUUUAAUCAUUUUAAAGAUAAUACUGUUUAUAGUGAUUUUAUUUCAAAUGCUAAAACUGUACAUUUAUAUACUAAUGAAAUUCAAUGUAACUUAGGUGAGAAUCGUGCACGUGCUGAUAUCAAUGAAUUAAUAUUUUGUGCUCUUCAAUCAAAACCAACUGAAUUAUUAAGUCUUUAUCAUAUUUGUAAAGAAUUAUCUGAAUUAAGUGAAUCACCAUUGGAAGAACUUAUCAAAUAUAGUUAUAAAACUAUUGAUAAAUGUAUUAAAUUAGUUGAAAAUUCUUUAAAAAUUAAUAACAAAGAGGGAUGGAUAACUUCAAUAACAAAUGAAGUCAAUGAAUGGAAAUGUUAUGUUUUAAAAAAAUUGGAGACAGAUGAGACACAAUCUGAGAAAAGAAUUAAUAAAUUAAUAUCAAUUACAAAUAAUAUGUUUAAUGAUAAUGGAACACCAUUAGAUAAUUUUAAAAGUUAUCUAACUCAAAUAAUUGAUUGGGUCUCUAUUGUUGUUUCUUUUAUACUGGAAGGUGGAAGAUCAACACAGAAACCUUUUAUGUAUGAUUAUGUUGGACAUUACAAUCCAAAAGUUUGUAAUAUUGAAAUAUUUUCAUUUGCAUUAUAUGGACAUUUGAUUCAAAGUGUUAAUAAUCAAGAGGAAGUUUUCAGAUAUACAAUAUCUGAAUUUAUACCAUUUUAUAAAGUUGCUUUUAGAAAUGGAAAAAUAACUAAAGAAUUUUAUGUCAUUGGUAAUAGUGGAAAGCGAUUCAGUUAUACUAUUGAAAAACAAGAUAAUGUUGAUAUCAAAAAUAGAAUUUCUAUUUUUUAUAAACAUUUAAAUUAUGUAAUGUCUAAAGAUCAUGGUACUCGUUCUAGAAAUCUUCAAUUUUCUGAGAACAGAUUUAUUCCAAUUGCUAUUGGUGUUUGUUUAUUUGAUUCUACAAUUCUCCGCCAAAUACCUGAUGAAUUUUCUGCCAUACGCGUUUUCUCAUUUUAUGAUACACUUGAAAUGUCUUUUGACAAUCGAAGAAAAAUUCUCCAACCUAUUUUUACAUUUAUUGAAAAAAUGUUUAAAAAAUUACCUUAUUCUAUUGAUAAAGCUUCAAAAAUUAUAAGUGAAAUAAUAAGUGGAUCUUCAAAUAAGCAAGCUAUGAUAAGCCUUAAUAUGUUUACAAAAUUUAUUGAAAUUAAACAAAUUGAUGCAAAUUUCUAUUAUUUAGGAAGAAAAAGAAUUGUUAGGCAGUAUGCUUUAACUUCAAUUGCAGAACACAUUCUUCAUAUGAGAACUUCAACAUUAAAAGAUAUUUGUAUAGAUGGAACAAGUAUGCAAUUAUUUUCAAAUAAUUAUGAAAUUGACUAUCAUAACAAAUGUCCUAAAUAUGAACAAACAUUUUUAAAUCACAUAAGAUUAACACCUAACAUUGAAUCAUACUUCCAUCAUUCUCUGGAAGGGCAUUUUUAUGGUACAUUUAUUGCAUUUACCAAAUGCUUUAGUAAUCGAAGUAUGACUAAAUAUUUAAAACUUAUAUUUCUUGAUCAUUUAUUAACACACAGUCUUAGAGAAUUAUCUUUAUUUGAAAAUGUCAAUGAAACAAUGCAAGAUUUAGAUAAUUUCUUUAAAGAAUACUCUCAAAUAGAUACAGAAAAACCUAUUUUGUGGGAAGUAAUUACUAAGGCCAUUUCUAUGGAGCGAGUUGCUACUAUUUCGAUCUCUGAUCAUCCUUGGUAUUAA